UCUCCCCAGACCCAGAGGAUGCGAGUCAAGGCACCCCGAACCCUCCUCCUGCUGCUCUCGGGGGCCCUGACCCUGACUGAGACCUGGGCGAGCUCCCACUCCCUGAGGUAUUUCGGCACCGCCGUGUCCCGGCCCGGCCGCGGGGAGCCCCGCUUCAUCGCCGUCGGCUACGUGGACGACACGCAGUUCGUGCGGUUCGACAGCGACGCCGCGAGUCCGAGGAUGGAGCCGCGGGCGCCGUGGGUGGAGCAGGAGGGGCCGGAGUAUUGGGAAGAGCAGACGCGGAACGUCAAGGACACCGCACAGAAUUUACGAGUGGAACUUAACACCCUGCGCGGCUACUACAACCAGAGCGAGGCCGUGUCUCACACCUUCCAGUGGACGCACGGUUGCUACGUGGGGCCAAAUGGGAGCCUCCUCAGCGGGUACAGUCAGUACGCCUACGACGGCGUGGAUCACCUCUACCUGAACGAGGACCUGCGCUCCUGGACCACGGUAAACGCGGCGGCUCAGAUCACCCUGCGUAAGUUGGAGGCGGCAGGUGCAUCUGAACAGCACAAAAACUACCUGGAGGACACGUGCGUGAAGUGGCUCCGCAGAUUCCUGGAGAACGGGAAUGAGACGCUGCAGCGCGUAGACCCACCAAAGACAUAUGUGACCCACCACGCCAUCUCUGACCACGAGGUCACCCUGAGGUGCUGGGCCCUGGGCUUCUAUCCUGCGGAGAUCACCCUGACUUGGCAGCGGGAUGGGGAGGACCUGACCCAGGACACCGAGUUUGUGGAGACCAGGCCUGCAGGGGACGGGACCUUCCAGAAGUGGGCGGCUGUGGUGGUGCCUUCUGGAGAGGAGCAGAGAUACACGUGCCAUGUGCAGCAUGAGGGGCUGCCUGAGCCCCUCACCCUGAGGUGGAAGCUGCCUCCUGAGUCCAUCAUCCCCAUUGUGGGCAUCAUUGCUGGCCUGGUUCUCCUUGCAGUUGUGGUCACUGGAGCUGUGGUGGCUGGAGAUGUGAUCGGGAGGAAGAAGCACUCAGGUGGAAAAGGAGGGAGCUACACCCAGGCUGCAGGCAGCAACAGUGCCCAGGGCUCUGAAGUGUCUCUCCCAAGAAGUGAGAUUCUGGAGGGCCUGAAGUGGGGAGAGGUUGAGGCAGAGGGGCAGGACUGGGUUAUGGGGAUUCUUUGGUUGGGACAUUUUGAACAUGCGGUGGGCUGUUCAGAAUGUUACCAAUUACAGUCACUGAUUUGAAUUUGUUCAUGAUUAUUUUC